UGAUUUUAGUUUACCAAACGGGGAAUAUUUCGAUUCGAAACGCAUCCGCCUCUUCCCUGGUUUCUUUCCUCUUUUCUUUCUUGUCUUUCCCUUCUCUGCCCGCCCUCGUCGUCGUCUUCUUCUAGGACAUCAUCGGAGGCGAAGUUCAAUUCUUCGGACCAGCUUGGCCAUCGUCGUCAUCGUCCUGCCCCUAAAUUAUCAAGCGGGAAUAAUAGACGCGAGAACGUUCAAUACAAAUCAGGGUUGCUGUUGGUGCUGCGGAAUCAAUUGCUAGCUCGUUCCUGGUUCGAACGCGGGAGUCUCAACUGAAUUUUCGUCGCCAUCGCUCAGCCCUUUGGUUCUUCAUUGCUGAAACGAGAGGCGCCUCAUUUAGGUUGUGCUAUCAUGUUGAGAUCUUCAUGUCGCAAGCUAUUCGCUAGCACUCGUAUCGGUGGAAUUGGUGAAAUCAAGCUUUCAUCAAUGGCAGAUAUGCCACGAUGUUUUCACAGCGGCCAGCCCUCUUUCGCACCAAGAAGCUUUUUUGGCGUAGAAGAUUAUCUGGACGACGACAACAGCCGGCCAUACACUUACCAAAAGGAGAAGAAGUCAAAGAAUCAACACAAGCAUAUAUCCUUCAAGCAACGCACCGUUGCUUUCAUGGAGCCAUUUACUCUGGACGUGUACAUUUCAAAGCGUUUCGUCACUGCUUCAAUCACUCACAGGGUAACUUGCAAGCAGGUUGCGGUCGCUGGGACGAACUCUAAAGACAUCAAGGCCGCCCUCAAGUCCCGCGCAGAUAUUCCAGCCUGCCUCUCUGUUGGUCGCAUAUUGGCCGAUCGCGCCAGGGAAGCCGAUGUCUACACAGCCUCUUACACUCCAAGGGAGAGGGACAAGUUUGAAGGAAAGAUCAGAGCAGUUGUGCAGUCCCUCAUUGAUAAUGGUAUUGAUGUUAAGGUUUAUCUUGAUUGAGCCUAUACUGUCUGCCAUCCAUGGAUAUUUAACAUUAAGGAAAGGGGAGUUUGAAGAAUUCUUUAUGAAGAAUUAUUUACAGUAUAAAACUUUUGACCUUUUUU